AGGAAGGUGAAGGGUACACGGGGGCCCAAAUCUGCUCGGCACACCUUCUACCUCAUUGCGCGACAAGGGAGGCGUAUGCAUAUAAAAUAAGGACGCAUUUGCCCUCUAGUCACCAGUCGUCACCAGUCCUCCUAGAGCCGUCACCACCAUGAAGCCGCUGUGCGUUGUCGUCUUGCUGGCGCUGUGCGCCAUCGCCUCUGCCAAGAAGGAGAAGGUCGAGGGCCGUGGGGCCCUACUCGGAGUUGGAGCGGGCGGCUGCUGCCCCUGCACCGGUGGCCUUGGAGUCGGUGGCGUGGGCCUAGGCACCGGCCUCGGUGGAGGCAGCAGCUACAACAGUGGUAGCUACAGCUCUGGCUCGGGCUAUGGCUCUGGUGUUGGCGCGGGUGCAGGAUUGGCCUCAGGUGCUGGACUUGCCUCGGGCGCUGGACUUGCCUCAGGUGUUGGACUUUCCUCCGGCGCUGGACUUUCCUCUGGUGCUGGACUUGCCUCGGGUGCCGGACUUGCCUCAGGCGCCGGACUUGCCUCGGGUGCCGGACUUGCCUCAGGUGCUGGACUCGCCUCAGGUGCCGGACUUGCCAAAGGUGCUGGACUUGCCUCAGGCGCCGGACUCGGUGCUGGGGCUGCCGGUGUUGGCCUCGGAGUAGGAGGAGCCGGCGUUGGAGCUGGCGUCCCUCUGGCCAGCCCCGGAGUCGGCGUUGGCGUUGGUGGAGUUGGUCUUGGAGGUGGACUUGGCGGUGGCCUUGGAGGUGGUUUCGGAUCAUCCUCGGGCUACUCGGGCUUCAAGCAGGGCUCUGGAUUCAACAACCAGGCCGGAGCCAACAAGGCCGGUCAGGGAAGCUUCGCCUACAACGUCGGCGGCUCGGAUAGCAACAAGUACGGCCACAGUUCCUCAUACGGAGACUCCAAGAGCUUCGGCAAGAGCGCAAGCGAGGGCUUCAACCGCGCCUCGGGCCAGGGAAGCCAUGGUAGCUCGUUCAACAAGGCCGCCGCGGGAUCCGGAGCCCAGAGCUCCAGCUCCGGCAGCAAGGUUGUCUCCGGUUAAGCGCUACAAGCGACGCCUGUGAUUCUUGUGCCCCUCCUUAACACUCAGAUGGUUGCUGAACGGCUGGACAACAACGGCUUGAAUAUUUCAAGUUUUGAUGCUGCAGAAGUGAUAGGGUGUAGCGAAUAGUAAUACCUCCUUCAUAUGUAAAGGAGUUUGUUCAUCCGCUGAAAUACUGCCCUGCAUCAAUAAAGAGCCAUAUGUUACUAUUAAAAA